CUUUCUCACUGUGAUAGAAUUGCCUUAUACUAAUCCACAAACUCACUAAUAACAUAUAACACACCUUGCAACAAAUUUGAAAAAGGAAUGCUAACACUAGUAAGGGAUGCCAACAUUUUGUAAUAAUAAGCAGAAUACUGAUUCGGUUGGAGUGCGAAAUGUUCCUAUAUCUAUCUAGGGACUUUGUAAUGUGGGUGCAGCAGCUGUAAUAGGUGUUCGACUUGGGCAUCAAAAAUUUUUAUUUUAUAAAUUUUCCAGUAUAAGAAAUUGUAUGCAUGUACCGCUUCAUAAGGAAAGAAAACAGAACUUAUAUUCGAGAAAAUAAUGUUGCCAGUUCUAAAAACCGUCGCUGUGGAGCACGAGAGGGUUAGUCUCAGCAAUAUCUACCUAUGUUGAAAAAACUGGUGCUCUGGGGGCCGUGUCGGUUUUUCCGUUCAGCGAAUAGACUGAAAAAUUUGGUGGGAGAGUGGCAUUCGUAGCCAGAGGCAAAACUACGUUAGAUUGACGUUAAUUGUUUUGUAUAACCUCAAUUCCGCUUUGUCCAUGAUAGUUUGCAGAUCAAUCGUUUUGAAAAAGGAUUAAAAGAAAAGAAACCAUGUCAGGAAGUAAAGGACCUCAUCGCAGAGGAGGUUACAAUAAGUACAGGAGUGAUCAUUCGAAGCUAAGUGCGAAAGACAAAACCAAAGAUCUGGAAGAACACUUAAAUGAGAAUAAUCCUGUAUACCAGAUGUUUAAAAAUUAUGCUGUGGAGCUAGAUUCUAAACAUGAUCGCUACGAACGUAUUGUUAAAUUAUCGAGAGACAUUACAAUAGAGAGCAAACGAAUAAUAUUUUUACUACAUAGUGCUGCUACUGAUUUGGAUGACAAAAAGGAACAAAUUUAUAAAGAAACUGAUUUACGGCUGAAUCAAUUGACUGAGAAGAAUUUCAAGCAGGUUGCCCAAGAGCUCCAUGGUCAAGAUCACUACUUGUAUAUACGCGCGUACACUGCCGGUUUGCAGGAGUUUAUAGAAGCAUUGUUGUAUUAUCAGUUUUUACGCUACGGCAAUAUUGAGCAUUGGAGAAAUUUGGAUACAAAAUUAUCCUAUCUUGUACCUAACGAUAUGACAGAAAACACGACUGAGACUGAAGUACCGAAGACUGAAUUAAACGUCACCAUUCCCCCGAUCGAUUUCUUCCUUGGUUUAGGUGAUUUUACUGGCGAGUUAAUGAGACGAUGCAUUAACAGCUUGGGAUCUGGAAAUAUUGAAGAUUGUUUUCGUAUAUGUAACUACGUUAAAGACAUUUAUACAGGGUUUUUGGGCAUUAACACCUCGGGAUAUAAAGAAAUUGGUCGAAAGGUGUAUGUCUUAAAACAAAGCUUACAGAAAAUGGAGUAUGCCUGUUAUACUAUUCAAGUACGAGGCAGUGAAAUACCGAGGCAUAUGCUGGCAACUGUAAUUAACACAGUUGCUAAUUCAGAGAUUAACAAUGAGGAGGAUGAAGGAUUUUAUUAACUGUUUGUUUUUGUAAUUUAUGUGUUUUUUUUUGUUUUUUGCACAUUAAACUUAGUAAAACUGA